AUGGAACCCUUUCACAAGCAACAAGAAGCUACAGCCAAGACAACUUCACCUCUAUUACUACAUGCGGAAAAACAACAACAACAACAACAACAACAACAACAGCUAUCACCUAGAGUGGAAUCCAUUCAGGACACAAACUAUAUAGGCAUCACAAUAAACGACGAUGGGCCACGACAGACAUACACAAACGGCCUCACACGACAUCAGUCCUUGAACGACUAUUCGACCAUUCACAAACAGCACUUUCAUCACUCUCGAAAUUCGUCUAUUCCCUUUGAUACCACAGCGACAGCUGCUAAUACAAACAUAACGACUUCUACAAGUAGCACGUUAACCAGUUCCAUUGAUUCCCCUCCUAUUUACCACCAACACCAUUCACCUCGUUUCAGUCAAAUUGUGGAAGAAGAAGAAGCCGCAGAUGCAGGUUACAUGAUACAACCAGAGUUAUCGGGCGCUUUUCUCAAAAUCAAGAGCCAGGCUGAUUUGCCAAUGUCGCAUCAUCGCAGGGCGAGAGAAGGAAAACGAUAUGGGCCACUGUAUAUGCUCACCACAGAGCUCAAAGCGACCUAUCAAGCAUGCAAUGAUGGCUUUAAAUACAAUGCAACAAACAAUCCUCGUCGAGUACUGACCAAACCAAGCAAAGCAUGUCGAAAUGACGGAUUUGAUAACGACGAUUUUGAUUACAUUCUCUAUGUCAACGAUAUCCUCGGCAGUGCAGAGGGUCACAAGUAUUUGAUAUUGGAUGUGCUGGGUUCAGGUACUUUUGGACAAGUGGUCAAGUGCAGAAAUACCAAGACACAGGAGAUUGUCGCUGUAAAGGUGGUCAAGAACAAGCUGGCUUAUUUCAAGCAGAGCAUGAUGGAAGUGGCUAUAUUGGAGAUGUUGAAUCAACGAUACGACGAACAUGACCGACACCACCUUUUGCGACUAAGAGAUACGUUUAUCCACAAAAAGCACCUGUGUCUCGUUUUUGAAUUGCUCUCAGUUAACCUUUAUGAACUGAUCAAGCAGAAUCAUUUUCGUGGUUUAUCGACAAACCUUGUUCGAGUUUUCACAGCACAAAUUUUGGACGCACUGACUGUACUGAACGAAGCACGCAUCAUCCACUGCGAUUUAAAGCCUGAAAAUAUACUACUGAAAAAUUUGGAAUCACCCACCAUCAAAGUAAUUGAUUUUGGAUCCGCAUGUCAUGAAGUGCAGACAAUGUACACCUACAUUCAGUCGAGAUUCUAUCGGUCGCCUGAGGUGCUAGUAGGACUACCUUACACCAGUGCCAUUGACAUGUGGUCGUUGGGGUGCAUAGCUGCGGAACUGUUUCUGGGGCUUCCCUUGUUUCCUGGAAGCUCAGAGUACAACCAACUGUCGCGGAUUGUAGAGAUGCUGGGGACUCCACCAAAUUACAUGAUUGAAGUAGGCAAGAAUGCGCACCGUUAUUUUGACAGAGUGCCCGCAGCCAUGGACAAACGAUACGAGCUGAAACCACUGGAAAAGUACGCUCGAGAGCAGGGCAAAUCAGAGCAGCCAUCCAAACGCUAUUUCUCGGCAAAAACACUACCAGAGCUAAUCAACUCGUAUCCCAUCAUGCGAAAGACGCAAAUGACACCAAAAGAAGUCGAAAAAGAAAAGCAGAAUCGGCUUGCAUUCAUUGAUUUCCUGCAAGGAUUGCUCAACUUGAAUCCAAUCGAGCGAUGGUCUCCUCAGCAGGCUAAAAAGCAUCCGUUCAUCACAGGCGAAAAGUUUACAUUUCCUUUUCAACCACCUUUUAUUCCUCGCAAGCAGCACCACAACUUGCCUUCGCCCUCUUCCACUCAUUUGCAACAACAACAGCAACAACAACAACAGCAGCAGCAGCAGCCUCAGCAGCCGUCCCCUACCCUAUUGACAAGUGGAUAUCGAAACAACAACGUGCCACAACCGACAUAUUCUGACAGCUACUUGAAUCCUGCUUAUUCCAGUCUACCAAGCCAUUACGAGAGCAAUCAUAAGCACAUGGGUACUAACAACAACACUAGCAGCAAGAGGUCAUCUUAUAUACCUCCACUACCAAGCGUUCUUGAGCCUCCUCACCACACCAUGUAUCAGCAUGAUGUGGUUAAUACCAGCAACGGGUACAUGCACUCUCAGCCACAGCAGCAACGACAUCACCAUCAGCAGCAGCAGCAACAGCAGCAGCAGCAAACACAACACCAUCUACUGGCUCAACAGCAAUCCACGCCUUUGCAUUCAGCCAUGAAUAUUCCCUCUACAGCAAACAAUUACAAUGGUAUAGUCGAUGAAAAUGCCGUUGGAGGUGGAGGUAGACCAAGGGCGAGCACAUUAGGUACAAUGCAAGUACCGCCUCAAAUUCAGUGGGCAGCUGUGGACCAUGGGGAUGGUACUGUAGCUACGGAGGGGUCGUUAUACAGCCCCUACUAUCCAUACGGGCAACAGCCUCAACAACAACAACCUCAGCAACAGCACCACCAUCAAUCACAACUUUCAGUGCACUACCUAAAAGAUAAGGAUGAAGAUCACAGCAAUGGUAUUCUACCAAGGUGGGGCAGCAACAAUCGCCAAACGAUUGAUUUGGAAAGAGAUGGAGAUUGGCUAGAAGAUGCACCUAUAUUACCGUUGACCAAUACCAAAUCUGCACCUCAUCAUACUCGUCAAACGCAUAGACGUAGCAACAGCAGCGUUCAUUUCUCUGAUAUACCUUCAUCACUAUCCACCAAUCCCUCUGCGCAUCAUUCAGGCACUCGAUCUAGUGUCUCUAGCUUACAUCGUCUCAUGCGAGGUAACUCGAUACCCUACAGCAGACAGGACUUGGAGUGGGACGGUGUGGUUCAGCAGCCCACAUUGCCUCUAGUGGCUCCUUCUCUUCCUCCUCCUAACACUCAAUCUCAAAUGGAAAAUGAUUUGGAUGAUGUGGAUCAAUGGAAAAAGGACCAAAAGGACUGGAUGAUCGCCUAA